GGGGAUGAACUGCCACACAGACCGAGAUUGUCCGCAACGGAAGAAGUGCUGCAAUGGAUUCUGCCAGCGGGAAUGUCGUCCACAAGAUAUCUGCCAUCUGCCCUCAGACACAGGGCCCUGCAGGGCGCUUAUACGUCGCUGGUUCUACGACAAGCACUCUGGGAGGUGCAGAGAGUUCAUCUACGGAGGCUGCCAGGGGAAUGCAAACAAUUUCGAGGAUGUUGAAGAAUGCGAGCGCCGAUGUGGCCCUCCAGAUAACAAGCCUGGCACAUGCCCCAUCGUAGUUCAAGGCGAGGAGGUUGUUUGCGGCAAAGUGUGCUCCAGCGAUGCCAGCUGCCCAGGCCCUCAGCGCUGCUGCCCCACUUCCUGUGGGAAGAAAUGUGAAAUCCCGCAACAACAUCUCCCAGGAUACUGUCCACUGCUGAUUCUCCCACCCAGAAGGGGCGACGUUUGCUUCCCAAACUGCACCAGUGACUGGGACUGCAACCGCAUGGUGAAUCUUCCUUUGAAGAAGUGCUGCAGCUUUGCGGGCAGGCAGAUAUGCGUGCAUGGCGUGGAAGAACACCCCGGUGUGUGUCCCAGGAGGGUCGAAUUGCAGACCUUGCUUCCAUGCAACAACACUUGCAGGGAUGACCUGGACUGCUCCCUGACCGAGAAGUGCUGCUUCACCGGUUGCGGCCGAGGCUGCCUGCCCUCACUCCGCAGUGAGGUAUGCCAGUUACCUCUCGAACAGGGCAGCUGCAAACAACAGUUGCAGCGCUACUUCUAUGAUCCAGACAAGAAGAAAUGUGUCUCUUACCGUGUCUGCGAGGCCAGCCGCAGAAACUUUGAGACCAGGGAGCUGUGUGAAAAGGCCUGUGGGAAAAUCAGCAAAGAGGUUUGCAAACUGCCAAAAGACGCGGGUCGUUGUCGAGGAUAUUCACCACAGUAUUACUUCAACUGGGAGACCAAACGUUGUGAAAUAUUUGUUUACGGAUUGUGUGGUAGCAACGACAAUCGCUUCUCCAGCAAACUGGAGUGCCAAAUGGUCUGUGGUGAAUUUGAACAACAGCAGCAGCAGCAGCAACAACAACAAAAACAACGCCCCAAAGAAUGAGUCCCUUCACAACAUCCCUGCGUGGAAGCACCACCUUGGGAGCAGAUGCCUCCACCGUGGCUGCCACGGCCACUGCCCCAGCUGCAUUCCUGUUUGAUCUUCCUGUCUU